AUGACUGAUCGAUCAUGCCCGAUCCCCGGCGGCGGCCGCACGCAGGCCUUCUAUGAGGCAGAACUUCACGAUGUGAUUGGUGGAUUUCAACGGUCGUGGCUUCUGAGUGGUGGAGGCGAAUCGGUGGCAGAAUUCGGAUGGGUGGACGCCCUGCCGGAACGUGACCGAGGAUGGAGAUUCAAUCAAAUGGAACAGAAGGCAUAUUGA